GGUACUACUAGAAAUGGAUAUCCGGGAGAGAAUGGCUCGUUCUGAAUUUACUGUGUGGAUAGGGCUUCGUGUUGUUACAUGUGUAAAUAGCUAAACCGAAGAGAUGCUCGUGCCCGGUUUUACGUGAGGGAAAGAUAUGUCAGACAUUAGUUUGUCGUUAAUCGCCAUUGCAAUUGUGGGAAUAUACAUAUCUAGUCGACAAAGUGACCAGUCAUUGUAGAUACAAACAUGGCACUGACUCGAGAUGUAGCGAGACUGCAUGAUGUUCGUGGCCACUGCGUAUACGCACUCUCUCGUACUGCCAUGCACUGUAACUGCCUUUUAGCAUAGACACAGCCAUGUAUACACGGAGCUAUGGAAAUUCCUCAAGCUUACCAAACUCCAUACACACUGACCCAUUGCAGAUUUGAGAAUGUGGUAUAGCAUCGUACCUAAGAGGGUAUCACCAAGUAGUCCUUCACACUGCUCCACCCAUAUGUAUAGAACCACUCCAGUUACUCACGACAAAGAAAGCAAGACGAAUUCGUAUCCUAUGCAAACUCAUCACUCUCAUGCUGCAUCAAGAAAAACUUACAAGCAAAAUCUUUUCAUCUCCCCUUCUACCCCUUCCCCACACACCCAAUGUCACCUACACCUUUCUCCCCCCCCCACCACUAACCUUUCUCACCACGUACUACAUAUACCCACAGCCCCCCAUAUCCGAUCCGACACUUCCAACUUUUUUUUAGAAAGAAGGAAAGAAAGAAAUCACGAUAUUUUUUGUAUCGGGCAUCAAUUGGGGCGAGGUUCCGUCGCGCCCCCCCCCCCGGCUCUUUUUUUCGUGUCCCCCCGCCCCCGCAAAAUCACCGAGAAAGAUACGUUUUUUUGUGUGGAGGUUUUGGUGUGAGUGGGUUUGCACUGGGAAGAUA